CCUUUUAACAGCUUGGAAAAUAUUGAGAGGCUGAGACCAAGCAUUUUAUAGAAGAAUGGAGGAAGAGAGAGUUUACAAAGCUCACGUUAUUGUAUUCCCGUUUUAUGGGCAAGGUCAUCUCAAUCCGAUGCUCCAGUUUUCUAAACGUUUGGCCUCAAAAGGACUUAAAGUCAUCGUAACUACCGUUCUUUCAGUUACCAAAACCAUGCCUAGUAGAGCUGGGUCAAUUGCCUUUGAGCCAGUAUAUGAUGAUUGCACUGAAGGCGGGAUUCAAGGACCUGGAGGAUUUAAGGGCUAUCUUGAUAGGUUUGAAGCGAGUGGCACAUGUUGCGUAACUGAGCUCAUCAGGAAACUAGAAAGCUCUGAGUAUCCUGUUAAGUGUCUCGUGUAUGAUGGUAAUAUGCCAUGGGCUCUCAACAUAGCCAAGCAGUUGGGCAUAGCUGCAGCUGCAUUUUUUACAGAGUCAUGUGCUGCCAUUGCGAGUUACUACCCCAUGCAUCUCGACUUAUUAGGAGAGCCACUGCCGGUGCUUGCUUUUCCAAUGCCUGCUUUGCCAGAGAUCAGGAUUCCAAAGAUGCCAUUGUUCGGUUCUGACACAAGUCGUUAUCUCCCUAUGAUCAGAUACGUAUUAGAGCAAUUCAGCAACAUUGAGAAGGCAGAUUGGGUUCUUUUUAACUCCUUCGAUGAGUUGGAAGGAGAGGUAGUGAAGUGGAUGUCAAAUCUCUGGCCUGUUAGGACAAUUGGACCAACUGUGCCAUCUAUUUACCUUGACAAGAGAGCGGACAAUGACUCUGAUUAUGGCCUCCAACUGUAUAAGCCACAGAAUGAAGAUUGCCUGAAGUGGUUAAACACUAAGGAUACUGGGUCUGUUGUGUAUGUCUCGUUUGGAAGUGUUGCAAGUUUGAAUGCAGAACAAACGGCUGAAAUGGCAGAGGCCCUAAAGCAAAACAACAACAGUUUCUUGUGGGUGGUGAGGUCAGAUGAACAGAGCAAGCUUCCCAGUGGUUUCGUGGAGGAGACGUCAGAAAAGGGAUUGGUAGUGACGUGGUGCUCCCAGUUGGAGGUGUUAGCGCAUCCUGCUGUGGGAUGCUUCAUAUCACACUGCGGAUGGAAUUCCACGGUGGAGGCCAUAAGCUUUGGAGUGCCAGUGGUUGCAAUGCCACAGUUUUUAGACCAGGUAACUAAUGCUCAUUUUGUGGAGCAAGUUUGGGGAGUGGGAGUUAUAACCAAGGUGGAUGAGAAAGGUGUUGCUACUACAGUUGAAAUUGAAAGAUGCGUCGGAGAAGUUAUGCAGGGAGAGAGAGGAAAGGAGAUUAAGAAGAAUGCUAUGCGGUGGAAGGAGUUGGCUACGGAGGCAGUGGAUGAAAGCGGAAGUGAAAAAAUAAAUAUGGAGAGAAUAAUUGACAGAGCAAACAGGCUCUUUGUUUUCAAUUGUAUUAAUCCUUACGGGGAGACUCCAUUUUAUAGGAGUGAUUACACAACAUUUGCAAGACAAUAUAAUAAAAAGCUACUAGACAACAUAAUGAAAGGCAACACUCAUAAUUAA